UUUGGCGUUUUGUUACUGAAUUGUUGAGUUCAUCAAUAAUACCCAUGUAUAAAAUAUGGAAAUGCCUGUGUCACGUGAGCAUAACCAUUUAAGACUCAAAACCCUGUAUGUAUUAGAAUCAGUUUUACUCGGAAACCCAGUGGUUGACGUGGAUUGUUUUCUUGGAAAGCCUCAAUUGAUCUCUGUUCAUUCAAGGAUGUGGACAGUCUAAUCGACAACGGACUUUGGAGAAAGUUAAUCUAAGUCCGAUCCCGAUGGAAAACGACACCGAUUUACCGGACUUCAGUUUUAUACCAUACGGUGGUGUAAUAAAAGAAGUACCAUUAUGGGAGAUUAUUGUGAAAUCUUUGAUAUAUGGGAUUAUCACUAUAUUUUCUUUAAUUGGAAAUAUUUUGAUUAUUGUCAUUGUCAUGAAAAACAAAAACAUGAAAACUGUUACAAAUUAUUACAUAGUGAACUUAGCUGUGGCGGAUCUAAUGGUCACUUUAACGUGUACCUGGGUUACACUAGUGGAUGACCUCACCGAGGGGUGGAUCCUUGGCGCAUUCUUCUGUAAGCUGAAUACAUUCACAAAAGUUAUCUCUCUUGUGGCAAGUGUGCUGUCCCUCACCCAGAUUGCAUAUGAUCGUUUCUUCGGAAUCGUAUUUGCUUUAAGAGCCCGGAUGACAGAAAGAAGAGCGAGUAUUUCGUUGGUUAUCAUAUGGAUCUUUUCAAUAAUCGUCGCUUUACCUCUUCUCUUCUUCCGACAAAUGAAAAGCCGUGAAUGGUUGGACCAUACAGAGCUGUGGUGUGACGAUGCCUGGCCAUAUGAAUUAGAAGUGGUGGGUAAUAUCACGAGAUCCACAAUGCCGUUAAGGACAGCAUACUUUGUAUCUGUAUCGGUGGUGCUGUAUUUUAUUCCAGCCGUGGUUAUGUCCAUUGCUUAUGGCGUCAUUAUUCUUAAACUGAAAACUACACAUAUUCCGGGCGAGAUAAUGGACAAAAGGGAUGAGCAACAAGCCAAGACAAAACGGAAGAUAAUUAUCAUGCUGAUAACUAUCUUGGUUGUGUUCUGUGUUUGCUGGUUACCGUGUCAGGUUAUGUUACUGUACACAGAACUCCGGGACACCAGGAGCCAGCUAGAUGAUUGGUACUACAAGUUUGAAUUCGCUGCAUACACCAUGGCGUACUCCAACAGCGCUCUGAACCCUCUGAUCUACGCCGGAUUUAAUGAAAAUUUCAAACAAGGUCUUCUGAGUAUCUGGCGACGCAUAUCCGGUGACCCCGGAAGGCGACUUACACACGUGUAUGGUACUUACACGGAGACGACAUAUACUGCAGUUUAAGUUCAUCGCGGGAAGAAGGACCGUUGAGAUUUUGAGCAGAUAAAUAUCAAUUGUUGUUUGUAAACUUUUAUAUUCAUAAAUGUGUGAUUUUCGUUCAUGUUCAUAAUCACUGUCGUUAUUUCCCCCUACAUAGAUAUGUGAAAAUAAAAUAUGACGAAAA